AUGCGUCUUCUGGAAAAUAGUGAUUAUGGCGAGGUCCGCCUUACCAAGAAUUUCGUCGUCGACAUUCCCCGCUAUGCUAUACUGUCGCACACAUGGGGGACUGAUGAGGAGGAGGUCACCUUCAAAGAUAUGAUAGACGGUAUUGGCAAAUCCAAGGCCGGUUAUAAGAAGAUCCGAUUCUGCGGAGAACAGGCUGAACGAGAUGGUAUACAGUAUUUCUGGGUCGAUACAUGCUGUAUCGAUAAAUCAAAUAACAGUGAACUUACGGAAGCUAUCAACUCUAUGUUUCGCUGGUAUAGUGAUGCCGAGAAAUGCUACGUUUAUUUAUCAGAUGUUUCGAGUUCCACCACCAGUGAUAAUGACCACAACUCUCACCAGCCGUCUUGGGAAUCCGCCUUUCGGAGAAGUAAAUGGUUCACUCGAGGCUGGACCCUUCAAGAGCUUAUCGCUCCGAUAUCAGUUGAAUUCUUCUCCAUAGAGUGGGAGAAAUUGGGCGACAAAACAUCCUUGAAGCAAUACAUUCAUGAGAUCACAGGCAUUUCUGUCAAAGCACUUGAACGAGUUUCGCUAUCUGAUUUCACUGUCGAUGAACGCUUUUCAUGGGCCGAGAAGCGUAUGACUACUCGUAUAGAGGACAAUGCUUAUUCAUUGCUGGGCUCGCGGGUGACACGAAAAGUGGCACACACAAUAUAUUUCCCCAUCAAAAUUUUGCUGGGUAUCUUCGAAAUCUACAUGACUCUUAUCUAUGGCGAGGGGAGAGAGAAUGCGCUCAGACGGCUUCGAAAGAAAAUCGACAAGGCAUUGAAAAAUUCUGUUAAUUCAAAUCGCGCUCCAUACCAGACACGACUCUUGAAGAUUGAUUCCACGUUUGCACAAGAGGAUAAUGGUUAUUGGCAAUUAAUUGACGCCACCGGGGAUGGCAAACCGGACUUAGUCUACAUCAAGAACAAGAAUACAGGAUCUGGAUAUGUCGAAAUCCAUAUUGCUUCUUCGUAUUCGGAUUUUCAAACACUAAUUCUCGAAGUCGCUACCACUUUUGUUGAAGAAGAUAAUGGAACAUGGCGUCUUUUCAAAUCUUCCAACUCUGCUCUGCCUGAUCUUAUAUACAUCAAAACUCAAGAUACCCCAUCAGGAAAGGUAGAGGUUCACAUUGCUAGUGGCGCAUCGAUGUACACGUCUCGAAGUCUUGAAGUUGUUACCUCGUUCGAAAAUGAAAAGAAGCAAAAUGGAAAAUGGAGUGUGUAUGAUUACAACGGUGAUGGAAAGCCGGACUUGGUGUUUAUCAAGCCUAGAAAUACAGGAACUGGAACGACUGAGGUUUUCGUAGCAUCUGGUUUUUCUAAUUAUCAAGAAAGACUCAUCAGUACAGGAACCAUCUUUCCUAUUGAAGAUGGAAACAACGGAUUCUGGCAACUUGGGCCCUACAGUAUCAAUGGAGAUCUGAUUCAUAUCAAGGACGCCAACACUGGAACAGGAACAAUCGAAGUUCAUAUCGCAUCCAGAGCUUCAGGGUGGCAGACUAAAUUGUUGGGAGUUGGUUCUAAUUAUGCAGAAGAACAAGAUGGAUGUUGGCAAUUAGUUGACUUUAGCGCUGAUGGCAAACUUGAUCUCACGUACAUUAAGUAUCUAAAUACUGAAAGUGGUACUGUUGAGGUACAUGUUACUAGUGGUUGGUUUCCUAAAGACCUCUCUAGGUGA